GUCUCUUUGUAGCCGGUGUUGGGAAGGCGUGGUGGGUGAGUGUGGAGCUCAACGCUUCAGUGUCUGAUCACAGAAUUAAAUGAUGUGGAGGGAAUGAAGCAGAUGUGCGGCGCUACAACGGACAGUGACCAUCUGAAUUCGGAUACGCCCUUAUAGAAAAGGAUGACAGAGGGACGACUCUGCCAAGUGCAACUGCUGGACGACAGGAAGCUGGAACUAUUGGUUCAGCCAAAGCUAUUGUCUUGUGAACUCUUGGAUUUGGUAUCAUCACAUUUUAACCUUAAAGAGAAGGAGUACUUUGGCUUCACCUAUGUGGAUGAUAUUGGUCAGUGCAAAUGGUUACAGCUGGACCGCAGAGUCCUUGAACAUGACUUCUCUAAGAAAUCAGGUCCCAUCGCUCUGCAUUUCCUAGUGAGGUUUUAUAUUGAGAGUAUUUCACUCCUGAAGGAGCACACAACAGUGGAGUUAUUUUUUCUGAAUGCCAAGUCUGCCAUCUAUAACGGUGAUAUAGAGGUGGAAAGUGAGCUGGUUUUUAAAUUAGCUGCUCAUGCACUGCAGGAGUCUACAGGAGACUAUACAAGUGAUGAAAACACCAGAGCAGACCUAAAGAAACUUCCAACUCUGCCCACCAAAGUACUGCAAGAGCAUCCAUCGCUAGCAUACUGUGAAGAGCGAGUGAAUGAGCACUACAAGCUGUUGAAAGGGCUCUCCCGAGGCCAGGCCAUUGUGCAGUAUUUGACCCUUGUGGAGUGCCUGCCCACAUAUGGAGUGCAUUAUUAUGAAGUAAAGGAUAAGCAAGGUAUUCCAUGGUGGCUGGGGAUCAGCUAUAAGGGCAUCGGUCAAUAUGACCACCAAGACAAAGUAAAACCUCGAAAGCUCUUCCAGUGGAAGCAGUUGGAGAACUUGUAUUUCAGAGAGAAAAAGUUUGCAGUGGAGGUGAAUGACCCGCACAGGCGAACAGUGACUAAACGCACUUUUGGCCAGACGGGGUUGGUGAUCCACACCUGGUAUGCCAGUCACUCGUUGAUCAAAACCAUCUGGAUCAUGGCCAUCAGCCAGCACCAGUUCUACCUGAACAGAAAACAGAGCAAGGCAAAAAUCAUCACAGCCAGAAGUUUAGGAGACAUCUCAACUGACCUGACAGAGACCAGAGUGUCAAAAAUGAACAAACUGAGUGCAGGAGUGAAGAAUCAACUCAUCAUGGCCAGUAACGGAAGCCUUGUUUCAACAGGUUCAGCUGACUCGGAAAUGAAUGACGACCAGAAAAAAGAGAAACUGGCUGAGCUGAGAAAGAAGGAACGAGAAAUCCAGGAUAUUCUCAGCAUAAAACUUACUGAGCUGAAGGAAAUAUGCUUGAGAGAGGCUGAAAUUACUGGCAAACUACCAAAAGAGUAUCCCCUCAUUAAGAACGAGACCCCUCCUCAGGUUCGGAGGAGAGUUGGGACCACUUUCAAACUGGAUGACUUUUUCCCAUAUAAUGAGGAUCCUUACCUCAGGAAUCUGGAAAGCCGCUUUGCACUGCAGCAGAAGAUUGUGGAGGCGGCGAAGAAGCUGGAAGCUGAGCCUGACAUCUCUAAAUUAGUGAGGAAGAAAAGGAGGAGGAACUAUCUGGAUGCCAUGCAGAAACUGCAGGAUACUGACGAUGAGAUGAACCAGUACAGACUGAAGAAAGGACAGAAACCCACUCAGAGAGCUUCAAUACUCAUAGCAGAUGAAAUUGCUCAGUCAGAGUGCAGCUCCCUCUGUGGCAGUCUUGUGCUCGAUGAUGAGGUUGAAGGUGGCCAGCGGCCUCGUUCUCGCUCGGUCCAGUAUUCCCAGUGUCUCAUUCCUCCUCUGUCUUCUUCUGGUUUGGAGUUUGACCCAGAGAGACGAUCCUCAGCCAGCGUCACACACCACGACAGCAGGUCUCUUAGCAGAUUAGAUCAUGAGGGUCAGGGGACUGGACAGUAUUGCAUUCCUCGAGAGGUGUUUUCUACACAAAGCAGUCCGUGUAAAACCUUACCAAGAAUGCAGAGGAACCCCCACAGUUUACCCCAAACCCCUGUCAUGCCUCGUAAUGCCUACAGCAGCAGCCAACUCAGGAUGGAAGAUCACAUCCAAGGUUUCCGGCAUCGCAGCGGGAGUUUAGAAUCGCAGUCGCAACUUCUUCACUCUCACUGUCCAAACAAGUCGGUCUUCCCACUGUCUCCAUCUCACCGUAGCAACAGCACUGAGGUGUUGGAUGACUGCUUGUCCUAUACCAACAUGUCCAGCAUGGACUACUGUCCCCCCUGCACGGCUACACCCCCCUACCGCACACUGGACUCAUCCCACGACUAUCGGCUCCAUCGCAAAGUGGAGAUCUAUGGCAUCACAGGCAGUAUGCCCAACCUGGUCCCUCCAAACUCCAACUGUUAUGGUUACCAGAAGAAUCACUAUGGCCCCAACGCAUACAGCUUUUCGGUGUAUCCUGCUUUUGACUAUGAGCCUUGUUCGAACGGAGCUUACGUUUACGAGAGUGAACUUGAGGGUCAUUAUAAUAUAAAUCCGUCUUAUCCAGCGCAUUGUUACCAUGGGCGUAGCCGGAAUAGACAUUAUGGGAUGGAGGGGUCAGACAAUUUGUUGCAGAACCCUUAUGCAACAGUGAGGCCUCCCAGAGGAAGGCAGGGACCCUUGAAUGAUGUGCUAACGAAGAACAUAUACAAGACUUUGGUGGCGGAGCAUUUGAAAGGAUGGUACAAUCGUAGCGCCGGGAACAGGGACCUAGCUGGGUAUCAGAUGGUUCAUUCCUACAAAUAUGACCGAGGCUCCCAGCACAGCCUGGGCUACCAGACCCUCCCCGCACCCUUCAGCCAUUCCAGCAGAACCAACUCAUUCUCAUCAGUGCCAUCUACUGCCAGCGGCGGAGGAAAUUGGCAGAAUCAUUUAGCCGUGGGCCUGGCUGAUGAUGAAAUUCCAGAUGCACCCUUGAGCACCGGGACCUACAGUCGUUCAUACAGCCGCAGUCCUACACACAACAGGUGUCCAGCAGAAUCAGAGCCUGUUGAGGUGUUUGGUGCCGUGGCCAGCUGUUCAGAUGCAGACCAUUGAUAACAGCACAUGAGGACAGCACACGUUGAUACCGGCUGCUGUAUUUCCAAGCUUCUGGAGGACCAAAAGACACAUUGGCAUAACAGGAAGAAGAAAGGAAACAGAAGCACCUUACAGACAAAUGUGGAUCUGUCAUACCUUGGAAUGGGAUCUUUCAGUUCCAGAGUGACAGUAGAAGAUCUGUGGCCAUACUAGUGGAGCCAUUUGGGUUACAUAUAUAGCUGAAAAUAUGUGUCAUCAAAUGCACAGACUUGUACGAUAUGGCAACAUGGAGCAUCGGUGUUUAUAUUCAGUACUGUACCCUGCACAGAGAAAUAAACCAACCGAAUGAGAAAUGCACACAUAAUUAUAGUGAAUGUCCUUUCAAACUGGAGUUUCAGAUAAGGGAAAGAAACUAGCCAUAUUGCAUUACCUUUUUUCUCCGUUAAACAUAUUGUUAUUGUAUUGUCCAUUAAUUUAACAUUUUCAGUGUUUUCACUGUAAUAAGCCAAUGCCAUCUUCUAUUCUGAAAACAAUGACAGAUUUGAAAGCAAUUAAAUAGUGAAAUCUUAAACAAUAACAACAACAUAAUGUAAAUAUAUUCAUACAUUUUGUUUUAUCGUUUUUUAUUUGUAAUUUAUUGAAUUUAAUAUGCGCUCUCUUCAAGUGAAGAUUUCUGAUUAUGUAGACGGAAUCGAGUCUUUCGCUCUCUUUAUAUUAAUGUAAAUACUUUUCCUCUUUAGAAUAACUUUAGAAUAACAGCACUUGAUCGAAUGAAAUUCAAUUAAAUGAUGUUCAAAAAGGGGAAUUUCUGUUAGAUUUGGAGCUCUACAAAUUGCUGAUACAAGACCCGGAAAAAUCCAGAUGCUUGUUCUGCUUUGUGUACGAAAAAAGAUGUCAGCCCAACAUUUUUGUGUGUGUGUCGUCAAAGUUCUCUAAGGAAUAAUUCACCCCAAUAUAAAAAUUCUGUCUUAAUUUAUUCACCCUCAUACUAUUCCAAACCUGAAUGAAUUCUCACAUUCACUUCCAUUUUAUGGAAAAGAGUGGCAAGGAUUUUUUUUUAAAACAUUGCCUUUGGUGUUCCGGCAAAGAAAGAAAAGAAUAGGGGUUUGAAUGACAUUAUGGUGACUUUGUCAACAAAUUUCCAUGUGCCAUGCUGGAAUACACAAAUCUCCCCUUCCCAUGUGUCAAAUUGAUUGUACCGGUUGUUGUUGUAUUUUACUCGUUUGUCUGUAUUUGUGGCUUAGCAGCAUGUGAUGUAAAAGAACACUUUUAGUAAUUUGUUUACCGUUUUUUUUUAAAAGUUUUUUUGAGUGGCGACAUUGAACUUUGACAACCAUGAUACAUUUCAUCAGAUACCAUAAACUGUGUUCAUUCCAUACCUGAGCAAGUCAUUCCUUUUCCAACAGGAUGUGAAUAAAAAAAA